CGUCGUUACGCACCAGAAGAACUACUGAGAAAAUAAGCCAAAGAAAGAGAGAGAGCGCUAUACAUAAAGACAUAUAUACAGACACGAACUGGUCAUUUAUACCGCUGUGUUUAAUGGAUACCGGUUGUUUCACCGCGGCGCAGCGCACUUCGUGCCACGCCAUGAAUGCGGAUUUAUUUAAACCCGUUCCGGAGCGUGGACCCCAACAAUCCUCUGCCCCGGUGAAAACCAGCAGGAAUAAACCCGAACAAACCAAACCAGAGCUGGCCCAGGUGGUGACGGACUCCAAGACGGGAAGAUCCUACAGCAAAGGAAAGCUUUUGGGAAAGGGUGGCUUUGCUCGAUGCUAUGAGAUGACAGACCUCUCCAACAACAAAAUGUAUGCUGUGAAGGUGAUUCCACAGAGCAGGGUGUCCAAACCACACCAGAGGGACAAGAUAACGAAUGAGAUCGAGCUCCACAAAACCUUGUCACACAAGCAUGUGGUGAAAUUCUCUCAUCAUUUCGAAGACCAAGAAAACAUCUACAUAUUCCUCGAGCUCUGCAGUCGCAAGUCCCUAGCCCACAUUUGGAAGGCGAGACACACGCUCACAGAGCCAGAAGUGCGAUAUUACCUCAAACAGAUCAUUUCUGGCCUCAAGUACCUCCACAGCAGGGGGAUCCUGCACAGAGAUCUCAAGCUAGGCAACUUCUUUGUCAACGAGAACAUGGAGCUGCGGCUGGGAGACUUCGGCCUUGCUGCCAAGCUGGAGACGGUGGAGCAGAGGAAAAAAACAAUCUGUGGAACUCCAAACUACUUGGCCCCUGAGGUGCUCAACAGACAGGGCCACGGCACAGAGUCUGACGUCUGGUCCCUUGGCUGUGUCAUGUACACACUGAUGUGCGGUAACCCUCCCUUUGAGACUCUUGACCUGAAGGAGACCUACAAGUGUAUAAAGGAAGUCCGGUACAACUUGCCAUCCACGCUCAGCCCUGCUGCACAGAAACUCGUCUCAGGCAUCCUGCAGAAAAACCCCAGCAACAGACUGUCACUGGAUCAAAUCCUCAACCACGAAUUCUUCACCAAAGGUUUUACUCCUGAUAAGCUUCCCCCCAGCAGCUGUGUGAUGGUGCCAGAGCUCCACCCCCCCAGCCCUGCCAAGAAAUUCUUCACUAAAAUGGCCAAAAGCCUCUUUGGCAAGAAGAAACCAAAAGUGGAGAAGAUCCCAUGCGAGGAAAAAGAUGACAAAGAUAUUUCCAAGCUGGUAUCGGGCAUCGUUAAAUGUUCCAUCAACAGGCAGAUCAGUUACAAAACUGUGGGACCCAAUGAGGUGCCCUCUCCCACCGGUCAGCUGAUCAGCUCUGUGCCUCUGGAACAGACUCCUGCUGAGGAGGAAUCCAGGAAGUCAAUCUCGCGCUCCUUCAAGGGCACCAUGGCCAGCAGCACUGAACCAUGUGAGGACGUCUUGACCCCUGCAGCUGUUUCUGAAUGUGCCAUGAAAGUUCUCAACAGCUGCCUGGCUGCUAUGCCUGCAGCCACUAGAAACCCGCCCUGUUUGUCCAGACCACAGUCCUUCCUGUGGGUGACUAAAUGGGUCGACUACUCAAACAAAUAUGGUUUUGGGUACCAGCUCUCAAACCAAAGCAUUGGUGUACUCUUCAAUGAGGGAACACAUCUCAGUCUUUGUGACCAACGCAAGACAGUUCACUACUGCUUGACCAACAACAAACACUUCACUUUCCCUGCCAACUCUCUACCUGAGCAGCUUCGUGGCCAGAGACAAAUUGUAGAACUCAUGGCCAAUUACAUGGAGCAGAACCUUAUGGAGGGUGGCGAUCUUCACUGUGAGGAGCAAGUCUCGGGUCCUCCUCCUCUGCUGCUUCAGUGGGUAAAGACGGACCAUGCUCUUGUCAUGCUCUUCAACAAUGGCACUCUACAGGUUAACUUCUACACAGACCACACAAAGAUCAUCCUGUGCAAGUCUUCUGACGACUCCUACCUGCUCACCUACAUCAGCCGGGAACGCGUCUCAUACACUUACCUCCUCAGCAUGUUGAUUGAGCUGGGAUGCACCUCCGAGCUAAGACACCGACUGCGAUAUGUGGUCCAGCUGCUCCAACAUCAUGCUGAUGCCUGAGAGCACAGCUCAGUGCCUCCCAGGCUGCCUGAUUGGAAGAUGCCCCAGAGGCAACUUGACUGUUUGAUAUAAUUUCUCAAGGCGGGAGCUGACGCCUGUUUAGUUGAUGGAAGGGCUGCUCGGAGGAUUUGACCAUAUAUUCUCGUCUGACUGGUGAUUAGGCAGCUGAUUAUCAAAUUGCUUGGGCUUGAUAAACAUAAAGCAGUGAGGAAGUUACCCAUCUGCCUCAAGGGUUUGUAGCUGUCCAGCUUAUGCCUAAGGUAUCCACCUGGAAGGUAUUGGUACCCAAAAUAAGACACUCCUACAUGGCCUGAAAUGAUGGAUCCCUCACGGACAGAUGCCUAAAUGAAAACCCAAACUCCCAAUUACCUUCUCUCACUCACUCAAAACCACGCGUCUUGGCUGGAUCUUCCAAAGCCACCAACCAACCCUGCAGCUUUCAGCUUCCCCUGGUAGGCGAAAACCCUGGUAUGGUGUCUCAAAGGUAUCUAAACACUAAAAUUGUCUUAUUUCCUUGCAAUGGAACAUAGAUAAUCUUGCAGCUGGAGUGCUUUUUAGGCAGUUUUCUAAAAGUAUUUUAGCAGCAAGGUUAUUUACACCGCUGACUUGCCCUGGAACCAUGAUCUUACAGCAGAGGUGCUUUGAGAAGAACUGUGGUUUGAUAGAGACCCUCCUACCCUUGGUUGGUUUCUGGCCUCUUUUGGACUAUGGUGCGCCAUUCAUCUUUUUUGUUUCUUUUUUUUUUUUUAUAAAUUAGCCAUAUAUAGGAUCACACUACGAUCUUGACCUCACAUGCACAAAUAACAUUCCUGGCCUUAUUUGAUGACGGUGAUGCUAAACUUUGGAGAAAGUCAUAGCUUCUUCUGCUCCAUUGUUACUCUUGUAUGUAUUUUUUUUUUUAUUUUAUUUUUUUUUUUUGAUAGUUAUUUAAAACAAUCUUCACUGAUGUGGUACACAGCAUACUGAAGGGGCUAUGGGAGCAACACAAUUUUGCACUUUUUUUUUUGUAUAAUCAUCUGUAAAGCGAAGCCUUUUACUACCACUUGUUUUAUUUGUUUUUAACUAGAUACCAAAAGGCUUUUUCUUGAUUUUUUAAAAUGAUUUACGUUUUAAAUUCACAAUACAGUAGGUUAAUGUAUUUAUCUGUGUGCACCACACGUGCUGGUAAACAAAACUGUUGGUUGGAAAAUGGGGGGGG